AUGGCCCUGCCAAGUGAGGAGGAGGUGCAGGACUUCCUCGAGGCGAAUGAUGUCGACUCGCGCGCCGCUGCUGACCUGCGGGACUGUCCCGGAGAAGUGCAGCGGAAGGUGCUUGCGCGAGGGGACCUGCACAGCGCACGGAAUCCAUCUGCGGCUCUUCUUGCGAGGAUCCGUGAUGCGCGCAGCGCAGCUUCCCAACCUCCAGCCGAAGGGGCCAGUCCUAGUGCCAGCUUGGAGGUGGAGGAGUUCAUCAGGCACAACAAAGUAGACGAAAGUGCAGCGGACUCCUUGAGGGGAUGUUCCCCCUCGGUGCAGCACGCCGUUCUCGCACGUGGCGAGCUGAAAACGGCUCGCAAUCCAUCUUCGGCCCUUCUGUCUCGCAUUCGAGAUGCGAAGAACGGUGUUCAAGGUGGUCCGACAGGAGGACAGGUCGCCCCUCCUCAAGCGUAUGGCUAUGCUUAUGGAUACCCCAUGCCGGGCUAUCCCUAUGGCAUGCCAUACGGCUUCUAUGGCUAUGGCGCGGGCUAUCCUAAUAUGUCGGGUCGAUCUGAGAGUCGAAGCCGCAGUCGCCAGCAUCGGAAGGGGCGCAAACGAAGCAGUUCUAGCGAGACAUCCUCAAGCUCAGCCAGUGAGGCAGAAAGGCGGAAGCGAAAGAAGAAAGCAAAAGCAAAGAAGCGCAAGAGGAGCAGCAGCUGA